AUGAGAUGGCGACGCGCCCCGCGCCGCUCCGGGAGUCCGGGCCCCGCCGCCCGCUCGCCGCCGCCGCCGCUGCUGGUGCUGCUGCUGCUGGGGACCGCGGCCCUGGCGCCGGGGGCGGCGGCCGGCGACCACUCGGCUCCCGCGGGGGCCUCGGUGUGCUACUCGUCCCCGCCCAGCGUGGGCUCGGUGCAGGAGCUGGCUCAGCGCGCCGCGGUGGUGAUCGAGGGAAAGGUGCACCCGCCGCGGCGGCAGCAGGGGGCACUCGACAGGACCGCGGCGGCCGGCGAGGCAGGGGCGUGGGGCGGCGAGCGCCAGCCGCCAGCCGCCGCCGGCCCGGGGGCGCUGGGGCUGCCCGCCGCGGACCCGCUGCCCGCCGCCCACGGGACCGUGCCCUCGCGGCCCACGACCCCGGCGCCCAGCCCCGGCGAGCCUGCGGAGGAGGAGGCGCCCUAUCUGGUGAAGGUGCACCAGGUGUGGGCGGUGAAAGCGGGGGGCUUGAAGAAGGACUCGCUGCUCACGGUGCGCCUGGGGACCUGGGGCCACCCGGCUUUCCCGUCCUGCGGGAGGCUCAAGGAGGACAGCAGGUACAUCUUCUUCAUGGAGCCGGAGACCAACAGCAGCAGCAGCAGCCGCGCGCCGGCCGCCUUCCGAGCCUCUUUCCCACCCCUCGAGACGGGCCGGAACCUCAAGAAGGAGGUCGGCCGAGUGCUGUGCAAGCGGUGCGCUUUACCUCCCCGGCUGAAAGAGAUGAAAAGCCAGGAGUCAGCUGCAGGCUCCAAGCUGGUGCUUCGGUGUGAAACCAGUUCAGAGUACUCCUCUCUCAGAUUCAAGUGGUUCAAGAAUGGGAAUGAAUUAAACCGAAAAAACAAACCACAAAACAUCAAGAUUCAAAAAAAGCCAGGGAAGUCAGAACUUCGCAUCAACAAAGCAUCACUGGCUGAUUCUGGAGAAUAUAUGUGCAAAGUGAUCAGCAAAUUAGGAAAUGACAGUGCCUCUGCCAAUAUCACCAUUGUGGAAUCCAAUGAGAUCAUCACUGGCAUGCCAGCCUCAACUGAAAGAGCAUAUGUAUCUUCAGAGUCUCCCAUUAGAAUAUCAGUAUCAACAGAAGGAGCAAAUACUUCUUCAUCCACAUCGACGUCCACCACCGGGACAAGUCACCUUGUCAAGUGUGCCGAGAAGGAGAAAACUUUCUGUGUGAAUGGGGGCGAGUGCUUCAUGGUGAAAGACCUUUCAAAUCCUUCACGAUACCUGUGCAAGUGCCCAAAUGAGUUUACUGGUGAUCGCUGCCAAAACUACGUAAUGGCCAGCUUCUACAAGCAUCUUGGGAUUGAAUUUAUGGAAGCAGAAGAGCUCUACCAGAAGAGGGUGCUGACCAUAACUGGCAUCUGCAUCGCCCUGCUGGUGGUCGGCAUCAUGUGUGUGGUGGCCUACUGCAAAACCAAGAAACAGCGGAAAAAGCUUCAUGACCGGCUUCGGCAGAGUCUUCGGUCAGAACGGAACAACAUGGUGAACAUAGCAAAUGGGCCUCACCAUCCCAACCCACCCCCAGAGAACGUGCAGCUGGUGAAUCAAUAUGUGUCUAAAAAUGUCAUCUCCAGUGAGCACAUUGUUGAGCGAGAAGCAGAGACAUCUUUUUCCACCAGUCACUAUACCUCAACUGCUCACCAUUCCACCACUGUCACCCAGACUCCUAGUCACAGCUGGAGCAAUGGACACACUGAGAGCAUCAUUUCGGAAAGCCACUCUGUAAUCAUGAUGUCAUCAGUAGAAAACAGUAGGCACAGCAGCCCAACAGGGGGCCCAAGAGGACGUCUUAAUGGCUUGGGAGGCCCUCGAGAGUGUAACAGCUUCCUCAGGCAUGCCAGAGAAACCCCUGACUCCUACCGAGACUCUCCUCAUAGCGAAAGGUAUGUGUCAGCCAUGACCACCCCGGCUCGUAUGUCACCUGUAGAUUUCCACACGCCAAGCUCCCCCAAAUCGCCCCCUUCGGAAAUGUCUCCGCCUGUGUCCAGCAUGACGGUGUCCAUGCCCUCCAUGGCAGUCAGCCCCUUCGUGGAAGAAGAGAGACCCCUACUUCUUGUGACUCCACCAAGGCUCCGGGAGAAGAAGUAUGACCACCAUCCUCAGCAAUUCAACUCCUUCCACCACAACCCCGCGCAUGAGAGUAACAGCCUUCCCCCCAGCCCCUUGAGGAUAGUGGAGGAUGAGGAGUAUGAAACGACCCAGGAGUAUGAGCCAGCUCAAGAGCCUGUUAAGAAACUCGCCAACAGCCGGCGAGCCAAAAGAACCAAGCCCAAUGGCCACAUUGCCAACAGGUCGGAGAUGGACAGCAACACAAGCUCUGAGAACAGUGACUCAGAGAGUGAAACAGAGGAUGAAAGAGUAGGUGAAGAUACGCCUUUCCUGGGCAUACAGAACCCCCUGGCCACCAGUCUUGAGGCAGUACCUGCCUUCCGCCUGGCUGACAGCAGGACUAACCCAGCAGGCCGCUUCUCAACGCAGGAAGAAAUCCAGGCCAGGCUAUCUAGUGUAAUUGCUAACCAAGACCCUAUUGCUGUAUAAAACCUAAUAAACACAUAGAUUCACCUGUAAAACUUUAUUUUAUAUAAUAAAGUAUUCCACCUUAAAUUAAACAAUUUAUUUUAUUUUAGCAGUUCUGCAAAUAGAAAACAGGAAAAAAAACUUUUAUAAAUUAAAUAUAUGUAUGUAAAAAUGUGUUAUGUGCCAUAUGUAGCAAUUUUUUACAGUAUUUCAAAACGAGAAAGAUAUCAAUGGUGCCUUUAUGUUAUGUUAUGUCGAGAGCAAGUUUUGUACAGUUGCAAUGAUUGCUUUCCCACAGUAUUUCAGCAAAGCGCCCCAUAUAUUCAGUUUUUGCUGGCUUCUUGUGCAUUGCAUUAUGAUGUUGACUGGAUGUAUGAUUUGCAAGACUUGCAACUGUCCCUCUGUUUGCUUGUAGUAGCACCCAACCAGUAUGUCUUGUAAUGGCACAUCCAUCCAAAUACUCUUCUCUUUUGUACGAAAUUUUCUUUGCUUUCAGAAUAUGAAAUGAGUUGUGUCUACUCUGCCAGCCAACGGUUUGCUUCAUUGGGCUCUGAGAUAAUAGUAGAUCCAACAGCAUGCUACUAUUAAAUACAGCAGGAAACUGCAUUAGGUCUUGUUAAAUAUUAGGAAGAAAGUAAUACUGUGAUUUUUUUUUUUAAAAAAAACUAUAUUAUUAGUCUGAAGACAGCUUGCUCUUAUUAAAAGGAGCUACCAUUUUCUUUAUUUUGAUUUAUUUUUUGUGACAAAAAGCAACAGUUUUAGGGAUAACUUAGAAAAUGGGUUCUGGCUUGCUAUCAGGGUAAAUGUAAUAUCUUCCAAGAGGACUCAAUUUCACUUUCUCUCUGGGGGAAUGAUCCAGAAGCUCAUUGAAGAUCAAAACUGAUAAAGGUGCAAUCAUUUCUGACUUGUACAUUUCACUGAUUUUUCAGCUAGAGAUUGGUGUCAGCUCGGCUCAAAAGGAGGCAUUUCACAGCACAAAAGGCCCAGUUCAGGCAGCUCUGUUUAGUUUAUCUGAAAUACAGCUCGAGUGAAACGUGUCUGCUGUUCAUGGACAUGACGCCAUUGUAGGGAAAUAUUUCCAUCAGAGAGUUUUUAGAAGGAGUGGACGUAUAGAAGACACAGGUGAAGAGCAGCUGUGUGACUGGGUUGGUGUUUUAAAGGUUCAUUGACCACUCCUUUCUUCCCAUUGUUUUUCUCGUGUUUCCCAAUGCUGCCCUGAUUAGAUCAAAACUAUGCACGAACACUUUCAUCAGGAAUGGCCAAUGUGCAUGUGGUUUGUGAUUACUGAGUACCUCCCACAAGGGAUGACUCAUGAGGAAGUGUCAGUAGUGUCGGAAGGAUUGCACCUUUACUUAAAGAGGUGACCCCCACCUGUGUUCUGACCUCUAUAUAAUCUAUGCUACUUUUCCCGUUCUCUUAAUUUUUGCUUAACUAUCACAAAGCAGGACUAAGAUUAGUCUAAACUUUGCAUGUUCUCAUGGGAUUGUAAAUCCAAGGAAGGCCUAUAGGCAUUAAUAUUUGAAAUAACUGCUAAUUCAGGAAAAUGAGAUUGAAAAAAGAAAUGCCGAACCCAUUUCACACCCUGCCUGAUUAUCUACCAGUCAAGGCUAGAGCUUUAUAGAGGUUCCAAGUGGCUUCCUAGGAGCCAUGGGACAAAACAGGAAAAUAGGAGUAAUUGCUUUUUGUUUGCAGGUGAACUUCACCAAAUCUUUAUGUUAACAACUAAUGGGAAGAAAUGGCAUAUUAAGGAGGUCUUAGAAGAAAAAUGCAGGCUGGGCAUGAGUCAUAUCAUUAUGUUCCUACGUGUUUCUACAAUCCACAGAGAUGCCUGUCUGCUGGUCCAUGAAGUUGCUCUUAUCAUUUGGUAUCCCAGAUUUCUGUCAUUGUUCUUACUCCACUUGCUUUUUGCUCAACAGUACCUUCCUCUGCUUUGAUAUCGACUCUGAGGAGCCCCUGUCAGGUGGCAUGGAUUCCCCAGUUCUAUAGAAAUUAGUGAGCUCAUGGCACAGGGAAGCAGACAGUCAGCCCAAAGAGGGCCUCUUAAUUACUUUGGCAUUCACUGCUUUUAAAGGCCAUGAUCAUUAUUAGGUAUUUCACUGAAUAGAUUCUUACAUGAAUUAAGAACCUUAAAAAUUCUGUUUCAGAUGCUUUGGACAUUGGUGUAUUCAGAUGGUCCAUCCUAAAAAUUUUCAAGAAUAAACAGAAUCUUUCACAAAGAGACAGGAGCCGCGUUCUCCUCAGUCUUGAGAGUAGCCGUGAAUUUUCAAAUUGCCAAUGUCAAUCAAAAAUUUAGGACAAGAGGCAAUUUUAUCUCUAACUUCUUCUGGUCUUUCACAGAGGUGGCAUGAUGGUUGGGACAGCUUUUCUACCCAAAGAACAAGAGCUUCCCUGCACAGCCACCAGAUCCAUGUUCACGGGGGCAUCUCAGCAGUGCGACAGUGCUGUAUCCCUCGGAGCCAUCCCUCUUUAUUAAAAAUUCAGACAGUACAAUGGCAGUUCAGAGGACUAGGGAUCCAUGUUCCCAGCAGGUGCAACGUUGUCUUGGGUGUUGAGAUGGUGAGAAUUGCUUAGGACAUUUUCAGCAACUUUGUUACCUGGAUCUGAAAUCAUAUCCCACCAGUAUAUGCAGUAGAAUAUAGCAUUUGCAAAGCUCUUUUUCUCACUCACGAUUCCUUUUCUGUCCUGUUUUCCCCUCUUACCUGGUAUGAAUUGUUUUCUUCUCCAAGUUUGUCCAGACAACCUUCUGCUUUCUACAAAAUGAUACUCUGUGUAGGUGAAUGUGUCCCCAACAGCAAGAUGUCCUUUCUUGUAUCAGUGUAACUGUCUUGAUGUAGGUGGAGUCCAUUCAUGGUAACUUGCUCAGUAACUACUCCUUUUUUCUUUUUUUGGCCUGAGUUGAAGGGUACAUGGUUCACAUUGGUGAAAGUAAGGAAGGCCUGACCUUACCUUGUAGUACUGGUUCCAUUCCAUCAGCCACAGAGAUUUCCAUCCUCCAAGACCCAUGAAACACUGCAGAAAAAUGCAGACGAAAGGAGAUGGCCACAUUUCACAAGUUCCAUUAUAUAUUCUUUUGUAAAUACAUAUUGUACAUUACUUGGAUGUUUUCUUAAAUCAUUUAUUGUCUUUAUGAGUUAAUGUCAGUUUUUACUCUCUCAAUUUACUGUGUAACAUUGUAAAUAACAU